GGCUCUUGGCUUGGUAGACAAAGACCCAGCAGAGACCACAACCACAGCUACUACGUUCUACCACCCCUACUACUACGUACUUCGUAGCUAAAUCACUUACCCGGAGGAGGGAUCGGGAAAUAGAUAGAUACCGGCGGGCACCCAAUACACCCUUAUAUAUAUAUUUGAAGCCUCCCCCCCUGUCUGGCCGUCGGUGAUUUAGUAGGCAGGUAUAAUUUGUCUUGUUCCCCUUUCCCCGCAUGUCCAUACCCAGCACAAAGACACCUCUCUACCUGGAUAAGCCCACCAUCGCAGCGACAUAGGAGGCUUCGUUGGACCAUGUCGUUACCGGCGUCGUCUUCGGCUCCCAUCACCUCUUCGGCAUCGUCGGGGUCCUCCGUCACCGCCACCGAACCCGAGCCCGACGUCGAGUCUCAGAAAUCGCGAGGCGGCCUCCCCUACUACCAACGCCAGUUCGACCAGGCCGGUGUCACGCCCGCCGUACUAGAAUGGGGCUACCGUGGUAGCGGCACCGACGACGACCCCUUCGUUGUCGACUUCCUGCCUAACGACCCCAAGGACCCGAUGACCUUCUCGAAGCCGAAGAAAUGGGGCAUCACCGCCCUCCAGGCCAUCGCCGUCCUCGCCGUCGCCUUCGUCUCGACUGCCUACUCCGGCGGCAUCGGCGAGAUCAUUCGCGAGUUCCAGGUCGAUACGCAGAUCGCCAUCCUUGGCGUAUCCCUCUUCGUCCUCGGCUUCGCUCUAGGGCCUUUGAUGUGGGCUCCUCUCUCUGAGCUCUACGGCAGACAGAUCCUCUUCUUCUUCACUUACAUGGCCCUGACGGCAUUCAACGCCGGCGCGGCGGGAGCGCAAAACAUCCAGACGCUCAUCGUGCUCCGAUUCUUCGCCGGGACCUUUGGCAGCUCGCCCCUAACGAACGCGGGCGGAGUCAUCGCAGACAUGUUCUCAGCCCGUGAGAGAGGCUUAGCCGGCGCCCUGUUUGCCGCUGCGCCGUUCCUCGGUCCUUCGAUUGGCCCUAUCGCUGGAGGCUUCCUCGGCGUGGGUGGAGGAUGGCGAUGGGUCGAGGGUCUCAUGGCAGCCUUCACGGGGCUGCUCUGGAUCAUGUGCUCGCUGCUCGUACCCGAGACGUACGCGCCAAUCCUGCUCCGCAAGCGGGCGGAGAAGCUGUCCGAGAUUACCGGCAAGGUCUACGUGUCGAAGCUCGACGCCGGCCGGCCGAAGAAGACCAUCGGUCAGGAGUUCAAGGUCGCCCUGCUGCGGCCCUGGACGCUGCUCUUCCGCGAGCCCAUCGUCUUCCUCACCUCCCUCUACAUGGCCAUCAUAUACGGGACCCUGUACAUGAUGUUCGCCGCGUUCCCGAUCGUGUUCCAGGUGCAGCGCGGAUGGUCGCCGGGGGUCGGCGGGCUCGCGUUCCUGGGGGUGGCGGUGGGGAUGAUGGCAGCGAUAGGCUACAGCGUGUGGGACAACGGGCGGUACGCGCGGACGGCGGAGGCGGCGCGCGACGGCCACGCCCCCGCCGAGGCGCGCCUCCCGCCCGCCCUCAUCGGCUCCGUGCUGCUGCCCGUCGGCCUCUUCUGGUUCGCCUGGACCAACGGCCCCGAGAUCCACUGGGUCGUGCCCAUCAUCGCCUCCGGCUUCUUCGCCGCCGGCCUUGUCCUCGUCUUCCUCAGUUUGAUGAACUACCUCAUCGACUCUUACGUAAUCUACGCGGCGUCGGUGUUAGCGGCAAACUCCGUGCUACGGUCGCUAUUCGGGGCGGCGUUCCCGCUGUUCACGACGCCCAUGUACCACAACCUGGGCACCCACUGGGCGAGCUCUAUCCCGGCGUUCCUGUCGCUCGCCUGUUUACCCUUCCCGUUCCUGUUCUACCGCUACGGCGCCACCAUCCGCAUGCGCUGCAAAUUCGCCGCCGAGGCCGCCGAGGUCCUGGCCCGCAUGCGCGCCCACGCCGGCGAGCCGUCCGUCAUCGAGGCGACGAGGGGAGCAGGCGGCGGCGAGCAAGAAGGAGAGGGCGGGGCCGAGGAUGAGAAGAAGAGGAGCAGGGCAAACGAGUCGGGCUAGUUGGCUCCCCUCUAUCGGAGCACUAACUAAUAGCCGGCUACGGCAUGGGAUAGACGGACUCAUCUACGCGUGUUUAGGUCAAAGGCAUGGGCUGGCGUUGGGGGAAAUUCUGUAAGUAUUAGAAAUACCACGUGGGAUCUACAGAGGAUCGUGGUGCCUACUUGGGUCGCCUCAACUAAACAGUAGGUAUGUAUAUUGAGGCUGGAAGACUAUAGAACGAAGCUCAAGUGCGAACUGGAGACGGCCCUCUCGAGAGGGCACUGGCAUUACAGGCUCCGUCUCUGCGAAGCAGCCCCCCUCACUUUAUACCUCCAUUUAGUAUUUUAAGAUUGUAUACAUCUUCGAGCAUGCUAGCUGAUUUAGAUGGUAUUGUAGAGAAUCUCUAUCGGUGAUAUUUAGGACAGCCAUAAA